AUGCGUUUCGCUGCUUUUCUCUCGUUGGGCCUCGGCGCCAAUAUCGCAAUCGCAAGUGUGUGUAAGCCGCGAAGUCGAACAUCGAGUGACUCUAGUACAGUGUCUACUGAGCCUGUGUCUACGUCGACGGGAUCUAUUGCUCUCUCUACUACAACUACAGACGUCAUGGCAGAGAGUACAACCUCCGACGAAUUAUCUAUCAGUAUCACAUUCACCGACGACGGUAAAACUUCUACCGAGGCGACCGAAUCACAGAGCGCUAGCGUUGAGCUCUCAGCUUCCACUGCUACAGAAACGGCUACAACUGAAAUCCCUACUACGACUGCUGAAACCACUGCGACGGCUGAGGUCACGACAUCUGCUGAAGCAACCACGACGUACGAGACUACCACCACCGAAGACACAUUUGUGCCGAUUCCCACCUUCAAUAUCAAGGCCCUAGGCUCAGACAUCGACGGCCAAUUGUUGCGAGGCGAUCCAGUUGUAUAUAACAACAUCGGCUGGUACACGCCCUCUCCCCCAGUUCUGACACUCUCUAUCGAAGAUAACACCAACUAUGUACGAGAGAUAAACACCGGGAAAUACUUGUGCGUUGCAUUCGGGGGUGACGGUUUCCCAAACUCCAAUAUGCUCUGCGACCCUAGUAAUCCCAUGGCCGGAGUUGUACCCCUCACAUGCGAACAGACUCGCGACCGAAAGCUCAAGUGCUCUGCGCCAGCUGGUGAAUGCCACUUGGACGAGAUGUCAGACACUACCAAUUGCUGGACGGUUUCUGGUACCUGGGACAAGUUCUUUGUGAUCCAUGGUAGGAUAAUCAACACUCCUGCUCUUGUCAUGGCAUCGAGUAGCGAUCUUUCCACGCCCAACGAUAUGGAAGCCAUCGAGCUUCAUCUCGUUCCCUAUGCGGAUUAA